AUGCAAGAACAUGUUCGUCGCAUUUUAAGAGGAGAGACUCAUUAUCAUUAUUUGAGUCACAAGAUUCAAAAUGAAAUGAUACAACUACUGGAAACUGAGGUGAAAAGCUCCAUAAUUAGUAGAAUUAAAGAAGCAAAAUAUUUUUCAGUCAUACUAGAUUGUACUCCAGAUGCAAGUGAUGAUGAACAGAUGUCUCUUGUUUUAAGAUGUGUGAAUAUUUUAGAAAGUCCAAUAUUUGUUGAUGAGUAUUUUCUAGAAUUCAUAAAAGUUCAUGACACAUCAGGGCUUGGUUUGCUUAAUGAACUUUUAGAUGCGUUGAAUAUUCUUGGACUUGAUGCUGAUAAUAUAAGAGGACAAGGAUAUGACAAUGGAUCUAAUAUGAGAGGAAAGAAUAAAGGUGUACAAACUAGGCUACUUGAAAUGAAUCCUAGAGCAUUUUACACUCCUUGUGCUUGUCAUUCUCUAAAUCUUUUACUUUCUGAUAUGGCUCAUUGUUGUCCCAAGGCUGUGUCUUUUUUUGGUGUGGUACAACGAAUAUACUCAUUAUUUUCAGCUUCUACAAAAAGAUGGAAAGUAUUUAGAGAUCAUGUGCCUGGUCUCACUGUUAAGCCAUUAUUAGAAACACGUUGGGAAAGUCGUGUUGACAGUGUUAAAUCAAUAAGAUUCCAAGCUCCACAAAUAAAAGAAGCUUUAAAUUACUUGGCAGAAAGCAAUGAAGAUGCCAAAACAAAAAGUGAUGCUGAAACUUUAGCAACAUAUAAUAUUCAGAAUUUUGAGUUCUUGGUGAGCAUGGUUAUUUGGUAUGAUUUGUUGUUUGCUGUUAAUACUGCUAGCAAGAUCCUGCAAAGUGAAGAUAUGCAAAUUGAUGUUGCUAUCAAAGAGUUAAAGAUUCUACUUUCAUUUCUUCAAAAAUAUAGAGAAACUGGUUUUGAGGAGGCUUUGACUAAAGCUACUGAGAUUGCAAGUAUGAUGGAAGUUGAACCUGUAUUUAUGGAGAAACGAAAAGUUUACAGGAAAAAGUUCGAACAAUUUCAGAAUUUCGAGGAGAAUUUCGGACUAUUGUUUGAUUUUGAGAAAUUAAAGUCUGCAGAUGAUGACUCUUUGAAGAAUUUUUGUAUCAAUCUUACAAACUUAAUGAAGCAUGGUGAGAUUUCAGAUCUUGACAAUGAUGACCUAUACCAAGAGUUAUAUAUGUUGCGUCAAAGUUUACCAAAAGAAACCAAAAGAGCUAUCGAUGUGUUGAGCUAUAUAAAAGAAGUGGAUGGAAGUUAUCCAAAUGCUUCGAUUGCUUAUAGGAUUUUUCUAACUAUUCCUGUCACUGUUGCCCAUGCAGAAAGGAGUUUUUCCAAAUUGACCUUGAUCAAAUCUUAUCUCCAUUCAACCAUGUCUCAAGAAAGAUUAAGUGGUUUAGCUAUGUUAUCCAUUGAAAAGGAUAUAGUUGCAAAACUUGAUUAUGCAAAUUUAAUUAAUACUUUUGCAUCUAAAAAUGCAAGACAUAUAAUAUUUAAGUAA